AUGGCAUUUGCAGGUGGGAAAGAUGGAUCUAAAGGAUUCGUCAAGAGGGUUACAUCAACAUUCUCCAUCAGGAAAAAGAAGAACACAACAACGACUGAUCCAAAACUACUUCUUCCUCGAUCGAAAUCAACAGGUGCUAACUACGAAUCCAUGAGGCUUCCUCAGGGGAAAAAGUCUCUUCCAGAAGUUACACCAAACACAACAAAGAGGACUAAAUCCGCAGGCGUCUCGCCGCAGCCGAGGCGCGAGAAGAUCGAUGAAUCAUCAUCAGGGAAACAGUUUAUGAAGCUGAGAUGUUUUGACGACAGCGACUCCAUCUGGUUGUCUUCAGACUGUGCCUCUACUUCUUCUCUUCUAGAGGAACGCAGAGUCUCUGUCUCGUUUCAUUUCUCAGUCGACGAAAAGAUUGUGUCUUGGUUGUCUAAUGUCGCCAAGACUUCUUUGUCUCUGAAUCAUCAAGAAGCCACCAAAGAGAAUCAUCAUCAACGUCAUCAGAAAAGUUCAAAGAACGUUAAAUGUUCUUCAGAGAACGUUCGAAAGGAUGGUAAAUUUUGCAGCAAAUCUGUUGGAACAAAGCCGUCUUCUUCACGUUUGCCUGAAAUCAAGAACAAGACAUGUCAAGAGCCACCAAGCUCCAGUAAACUUGUGAGUCCUGAAGAAAAGAAAGUUAGCUUCUCAGUAGAAUCAGAGAAGUCUCCUUCAAAUGCUGUGCCAUGUAAAGCCAUACAAGCAACAACAACGUUGGAGAAAGUUGGGGAAGCAAAGAGUAAGAUUGCAGUGGAGCCACUAUUCUGGCCGUUUGAGCAGAAGUUUGAUUGGACACCAGACGAUAUCUUGAAGCAUUUCUCUAUGUCUCCACGGAGAAAGAAAUCGAUAGGAAGCAAAUCUGCGAGCACCUCUCCAAGAUCAAUGAGGGCACAGCUCCAAACAAGAAAGCUAGAUCUCAAAGAAGGGUGUAGAAGAAAGCUCAUGUUCAACGGUCCUGGAUCAAACUCAAAGCCAACAAGGAUUCCAGAAAUGAGUCGAACAGUCAGCAACAACAGCAGCAACAAGAACGCAGAGAUCAGCAAGAACUUGAUGAACAGUGUGAAGAGGAACAAGAGUUUGCCAUCGAGGCUGCGGAAAUCGAGCAAAGUAUCAUCAAAGGUGGUACCUAUUGAAGCUACAGCAGAAGAGAGUGAAGAGAUAGCCAAAGGGCAAAAGACACCUAAGAAGCUGAUCAUGACACGAAAGUCGAGGACUUUCUUGGAAGAUGACUUUGCUUUGAUGAAUGAUUUCUCCAUAGAAAACGCUGUUGGGCUUUGUGAGUUCAAAGGAAGAGAAGGCGUAGAUUCAGAUUUCAACACUGAUGGUUUCUUGUUCGACGACUCUCUUUGA